AUGUUCAUUGCCUUCCGAUUCCUCAGUGGCUUGGGUGGCAGCAGCAACCAGAUCUGGCGAGCCCCCAUUGCAUUUGUCUGCAUUCCCUGCGUCAUCCUUCUCGCUGGCAUCCGCUGGCUUCCUGAGUCUCCACGCUUUCUUCUCAUGAAAAGAAAGGAUGAGAAGGCCAAGGCCAUCGUCCUCGGCAUCCAUUCGGGCCCUAACAGCCAGUAUGCCGACUUCGCUGGUGCCGAGUUCGACCUUAUGAAGCGCCAAUUGGAAUAUGACCGAGAGCUCAACAGCUCGUUCUGGAUGAGUUGA